UAUAUUUUGGCUCCGAUGGAGUAUAUAUAUCGUUACAUGAAAAAACCGACCUUGUCUUCUGGGCAACGAUCGUCAGAGACGUGGCGGGCGACUUGGAAGGACAUUUGGGAUACACGCGGGCAAAGUGGAGACGACGGUUUACAUCAACGAAAAUAGAGGAACUACUUCCAUUAAGCGCGAUCGUACACAAAUCAAAACAAAUAGUAGUACGUGAGGAGUGGACAUAUGACAACUGCCUCCCGCAAGCAUCACGAUUCAUACCCAUUUCUCUCUUCUCACUUUUAACAGGACUGGAAGUUCGCAUCUGAAUGAACAAGAGGACAACCCGGCGUCCUCUGAUUGCUCCCCUCCACGCGGCACAGGACCUCACUCGGCCGCACCGCCUCACUGAUUAGCUCCGGCAACUUACCACAGCGGUGUGGUCUUCACCCUAGUAAUUGCGAGAAAUGGAUACUUCCACUGAUAGUUUUGAUCGCACAGGGUUACCAUUCAAAGAAGAAACAGAUGACGAACUAGGUGUAAGACAUGCAAGAAUGAAGUUGGCAUGCUCACCAACUAGAUUUGCAAACACCAUAAAAGGUUUCUCACCUGCCCACAUAACGGCCAUUGAAGGAAAAACCGGACUUGCGGGACUCCUAAAACUGCAGAACACGUCUCUACGACGUAUUAUGCUAGUGAGGAUUGCCAAGCGAUACAACAGAGAUAAGAAAACUAUUUGGAUCCGUGGUAAGGAUAUUCCUAUAACCGAAACGGACGUGGCCCAAAUAAUGGAUCUUCCGACACAAGGGGAGGAUAUCAACCUCCGCACAAAAGGAUCAGAAAACAUAGAAUUGUUUAAUGCUUACCAAUCAAACGGCAAACUUAUGGUGUCUGCCCUUGAGAAGCAGAUUAGAAGCUCCACAUAUCCUGAUGAUCACUUCAUUAGACAAUUUGUUUUGUAUGCCAUUGGCACUAUUUUAGCACCCUCAGCAAAUGACUAUGUGGAUCGUAAAUAUUUGACCCUUGUUGAGAAUGUGGCAGAUAUUCCCAGUUUUAACUGGGGGUGUUUCACACUCACUCACUUGUUGGAUUCCAUCCUAAAAUUUCAAUACCUAGAUCAAACUUCUCUUCAGGGAAAUUUACCCUUGCUGCAAGUUUGGUACUGGGAGCACCUCCGUGCUGGGGCGGCUUCUUAUGCUCCUAGACCACCUCCGCUGAUGGCGCGAUGGGAUGAAGCCAACGCAACCUUAAGAACGACGGCUUAUGCUCUUGGAGGACCAGAUCGAGGAGAUGUGCUUUUCUAUACAUAA